AUGCUCAGUGAAGAGACGCAACAGCUGUUUCAGGCGGCGAAGCAGGCGCAAGUGACCCGCAAUGAGGCAGUCCAUAUCAUCAUGUCGGAUGGCGCCUACAACGUCCUGCACGGCGCAUUCAUUCGCGUCCUAUUAGAGCUGCAAGACCACCGCGAGGACUAUAUCGUAGCUCGUGUGGGUGCCAUUACCACUGGGGACGUGUACAGCGGCUUCUCCACCAACCCUGCCAUCCGAACUGAUAAGUACCUGAUGUUGGCGCUACCAGUCUCUCUUGCAGUUAUCAAUGGAACGCGGUAUCAGCUAAACAGCAUCAGCAACUCCACAAUGACAGAGGCGGAGUUUGUGCACUGGUUAGAAAUGAUGCCGUCGGGGCAUUCCGCUGGAAGCUUGUCUCACAUUAUGGGUGAUGCUGGAGAUCCGGUAAUGAGCUUAGCGAAACCGACGUGUCAGGAGCUCAUCGGCAUCGCUGAACGCAUCCGUACGGUGGUUGGUAGAGCUCGGCAUGGCCACGCUGGGAACCGAGCACGGCGGCCGAGUCAAGUGCACGCGGUGCGGGCGCCGAGCGUCCAUGAGACACCGCGAGCCCUGUCUGCGCGUCAUCAUAGGAACAGCACGGCCCCCGAUGUGGGCACCAUGUUCCCCGCGUACAGCGAACUUGCGGGGGGCGAUCCGGGGUUUGGCAACGGUGGUGAUGGCGGCGGCGGUGGCAUGGCGCGCUUCUCGCGGCAGGGCACUGCGACUGCACUGAACGCCAACAGCAACAGCAACAUAUUCGGAGGUGCGGGCGGUGGCGCACAGCAUCCCCCGCUCUUCCGCGGCACCGUGUCACCGCGGCCUGCGUCGGCGGGGGCCGGUGCUGCGCCUGAGUUGGCAACACCGGAGCGGGAUUAUGACCUGCCAACACGCCGCCAGGUGCGGCAGGAUGUAAUCAACAAGAUGAGCCAGCGCAGCGUCCUAUUCCCACUUAACAUCAACGAGCUGAAGGUCUCACAGCUGCGGCUUACGGAGCGCGAUAUGAUUGAGUACCUGGAGCAUGUGCGCGAGGCCGUUUCCAGCAAGCAGGAGAACUGUGUCGUGUGUAUGGAUCACGUACCGACAGUUAUCUCGCUUCCGUGUCGUCACAAGGUGCUGUGUCGGCUUUGUGCCUCAUCCGUGAAUACAUGCCCUGUUUGCCGUAGUCAGCUGUUCGAAUUGUUUGAGCCGAAGGAGAUCUGA